AUGUAACAAAAUAAUUUAGUUGUCAAUUAAUUAAGAAUUUUGCAAAGUAAUCAUAAUAAAUUAAAAAGAAAAAAGAUUUUAAAUUACCUUCAACUCUCCUUUAAAAUAAGCGAGACAAACUCAAACAAUACCAAAAAUAAAUUAAAUAUAGUCUGUGUUGCAAACAAACAAAUUUAACUCAAUAACGAGUUUUGUUAGCAUCUCAAAAGCCCAGACUAGAAUCAAAAGAACAAGGUCUUUAAGAUAAAAAUUUGA